AUGGGGAAAGAUAUGGCAUCCAGAAAACUUAAAAACAUGGGUUUUCCCUGCACUUGCAAUGUUCCUAGUAUUGGUAGGAGUGGUGGUCUGGUUUUGGCCUGGAAAAAAGAAAUCCAUCUGAAUGUUGUUUCUUCCAUCUUGAGGGGCAUCUACGUGACUUCAACUGACAGUAUCCAUUCAAAAACUUGUCAUAAUCAUUUUGUGUAUGGUGAACCCAAUAGUACCCUCAGACCCUCCUUCUGGGAACAACAGUGUCAACAAACUACUGCCCCCAUAGAUGAGCCUGUCUUUGUCAUUGGUGAUUUUAAUACUCUUUUAGGAACAGAAGAUAAGAAUGGUGGUCUUGAAGUUAAUGAUUCUGAUUUUGAACAUCUAAGAAAUUUUUUCUCUACUUUCAAUUUGCAUGAUCCUGGGUUUUCUGGCCCAAGAUUCACUUGGUCCAAUAUGCAACAAGGUCCUGAUUUAAUUUUAGAAAGGCUAGAUAGAUGUUUUUGA